GCUGAUCUGCGUCUCUGCACCUUCCUCUCUGAGUCUGUUUCUGUCAGGGCGAAGAGCACAGACGAAGCUGAGCGGAACAGGAUGCAGGCUAUCAAAUGUGUGGUCGUGGGAGAUGGCGCUGUGGGAAAAACAUGUCUUCUCAUCAGCUACACCACCAAUGCCUUCCCCGGGGAGUACAUUCCUACUGUGUUUGACAACUACUCAGCUAAUGUGAUGGUGGACAGCAAGCCGGUCAACCUGGGCCUUUGGGAUACAGCUGGACAGGAAGACUACGACAGGCUCCGCCCACUGUCCUACCCACAGACGGAUGUUUUCCUGAUCUGUUUCUCCCUGGUGAGCCCAGCGUCCUACGAGAACGUCAGAGCUAAGUGGUACCCGGAGGUUCGCCACCACUGCCCUUCCACACCCAUCAUCCUGGUGGGCACCAAGCUUGAUCUGAGGGACGAGAAGGAUACCAUUGAGAAGCUGAAGGAAAAAAAGCUUUCACCAAUCACCUACCCUCAGGGCCUGGCGCUGGCAAAGGAGAUAGACGCGGUGAAGUACCUGGAGUGCUCGGCUUUGACCCAGCGUGGUCUGAAGACUGUGUUUGAUGAGGCCAUCCGCGCCGUGCUCUGCCCCCAGCCCACCAAGGUCAAGAAGAAGCCCUGCUCGCUGCUGUAAACGAGUCAUCCCGGACCGGUGAGAAGACAGAAAGAGAUUCAGACUGCUGUGGAGAAGAACAUUUGAAAGUUCUGUAAUGUUUCUGAUAGAAAGAGAACACCUAGGUUUCCAAAAAACAAAUUAACACUUGUGCAGUUAUAAUAAAACGGUACAUUACUUUCUGUACAACAUAUUAUGAGGCUUAAUUUUAAAACGUAUCAUAUACAUAGCACCUUUCAUACAUUUCCCUGUAAAAUAUACCAUUUUAUCAGAAUAAAUCACUAAAUGCAGAAGCAGCAGACUGUCCCAGCUCACACACUAUAAUUUCACCCAGCCAGCUUUGUCCACUUUUUACCAAAAUUCCUGCACACGUCUCAGUGCCCUCUUGGGGCCAACAAUAUGUAACGGUGUCUUGUCCAACUUCAAAUAAUGAUCAUAUUUUGUUACUGAGCGAAAACAUGGUGUUGCACUGAGAUUGGAUUAGAGAUUGGAAUAAGGAUCAGGAAUGUAGUUUUGUUUGAGCAGGGGAGGUGCACAAAGUUGUAUUUCAAUAAAAUUUAUUAACAAAUGUAUUCAUUGUUGUGAUAUUAAAAUAAAAGAUCCUUU